CACCGCCACCCCUCCCCCGGAUCUUUAACCGUCGAUUCCAUCAGAUCACAUGCUUGUACGGUCCCUAAUCUCGUUCAUCUCGUGCUUUCAAUUCAUGCGUCCUCCCCGUCUCGAUCUUCCUUCCAGCUUUCGCUGUAAUUAAUGCACCUAUAUAUACCCUCCGCGCUUUCGCAAUUUUAGCUUUGCUUCCCCCACCUCGGCGUGAAAUCUCUAGGGGAAGUUACAGUUUUAUAGACCGUGCAUUGCGUUUUUGGAUCAGCUGAGAUAGCCCUUGGAUCUCCAUUUGCUGUGUUGUUAAUCGUGGAUAAGAUUUGGUUGGCUUUCGUCACGAACUUCUUGAGUUCUAAUCUGCCUGAGACAGAUCGAAGACGAUUAGUUGACGUUCAAUCGAGUGUCAGGUGCUUUCUUUUGUUGUUAGCUGAGUUUUGGGUUCAAGAUUCUUUGGGAAAAAUCGUUCAAGUUGAGAUGUGGAGAUUUAGGCCAUUCACACAUAAAGAGCCGGCUGGGCUUGAAGGACGCACUAUAGAUGUUGGCAAUCUUAAAAUAAAUGUUCAAAAGGCCGUCGCUGAAGGGGGGUUCUCUUGUGUCUACUUGGCUCGUGAUGCUGUGCACAUGUCAAAACGGUUUGCUUUGAAGCACAUUAUAUGCAACGAUGAAGAAUCCCUUGGACUGGUCAAGAAGGAGAUCUCAGUGAUGAAGUCAUUGAAAGGGCAUCCUAAUGUUGUCACACUUUAUGCACAAGCAAUUUUUGACAUGGGUAGGACAAAAGAAGCAUUCCUUGUGAUGGAAUUCUGUGAGAAGUCUCUGGUGCAGGUGCUGGAGAGCCGGGGAACAGGGUAUUUUGAGGAGCAACAGGUUUUAUUGAUCUUCAGGGAUAUAUGCAAUGCAGUUUUUGCAAUGCAUUGCCAAUCGCCACCUAUUGCUCACCGAGACUUGAAAGCCGAAAAUCUUCUAUUAGCUUCGGAUGGCUUGUGGAAAUUGUGUGACUUUGGAAGCGUAUCCACCAAUCACAAGCGUUUUGAGAAACCAGAAGAAAUGGGGAUUGAGGAAGAUAAUAUCAGAAAGUACACAACUCCUGCCUAUAGGGCUCCUGAGAUGUGGGAUCUGUUUCUGAAAGAAGCCAUCAAUGAAAAAGUGGACUUAUGGGCUCUUGGGUGUCUUCUCUUUCGCAUAUGCUACUUCAGGAGUGCAUUUGAUGGAGAAUCCAAGCUUCAAGUCCUUAAUGGAAACUAUCGCAUCCCUGAUUCACCUAAAUACAGUUCAUCCAUUGUAGACUUAAUCAGAGACAUGCUUCAAGCUCGACCAGAUGACAGACCAGAUAUCACGCAGGUCUGGUUUCGGGUUAAUGAGCAGUUACCUGUUAAUUUGCAAAGGUCAUUACCUGAUACACCACCUGAAUUUUCUUCUUCCAACAAGCAGGAAGGUGCUUCAAAGCCUGCUAACAGAUCCACCCCAGUGCCUCGUAGGAGUCCUCCCCCGGCAUCUGGAGAACCUAAAACUUCAUCACAGUCAUCCAUCUCUUCUAUGGGAGGUGGCGGUGGGGGCCAGCUUGGUGCUUUCUGGUCCACUCAGCAUGCACAAAAAUCACUUGCCACAGAGGGAAAGGGCAAACCCAUAGAAGAACCAGCUUGCCAUUCUAUUUCAUCAAAACUUGAUAGACUCCGUCCAGCGAAUAAUCAAUUACCUAAUAAUGUUAGCCCUAGCAAAGUGGUCAGUGCCCAAUCCCAAACUUUGAAAAGCAGUUCACAUGGAAAAUCAAACAAGCCUGAUCCUGGUUCUUCUAAGGACUUUGAAAUAAAAUUUUUUCAGGGUCAAGAUCAUAGUAGUGAGAAGCGAAUGUCAUCAAAUGUAGAAAACACAACUACUUUUCAAGGCCAGGCUUUUAACGCUUUUGUUGCUGACUUUGAUACAAGUAAGUUCAACUCUGGACCUAGUUAUAAGUCUGAUAGGGAAGCAGCAUUGGAGGCUGAGGUGGAGAAACUCAAGGGGCAGCUGAAGGAAGUCAACUUGGAAAAGGCUGAGAUAACUUCCAAGUAUGAAAAGCUCACUGGCAUCUGUCGAUCUCAAAGACAAGAUCUCCAAGAUCUCAAGCUGGCACUUGCAGCUAAAACUCCAUCACCAAAGAAGGAGGCUCAUAGAAUAGCUUCAACGGUUGCAACAUCUACUGCUAUGAAAUGUGGGACAGUUCGGGAACAAGGGCAAAAUAAAGCUGAAUGGAAAACUCCUGGUUCAGAACCUAAGUCAUCAUGGCAAGCUUUUCCAGAGGAACCUCUGCCACGGAGGCCUGUUUCAGUGGACAAUACUUCCAAGUCUGUUGGGAGGGGUGGUCAGCAAAACAAUCAGCCUGCCCAGCCAGCUACUCAAUUUAAUUCUUGGGCGUUUGGAACAGAAAACUUUUCUGCUAUCCAUACUGGAAGCCCACAGAUGCCUAGGCAUACUACUGAUGGGAGUAAUUCUGAGGCUAAGUCUACCUAUGAGAGAGAAUCAGCUUCUCAACCUGCUGGAUGGGCUGGUUUUUAACUGAAUGGCAAGCUAUGGCUAUGAGCUUCAUGAUGAAUGCAUGGCCAAAGUUGGCCCCAGAAGGUUUGAGAAGUAAAAAAGUGGAGUUUGUUAAACAUAUUCGACGCCAUUUGAUUUGAGUGUCUUGUGUUUCUUGUUGUGUAAAUCAUAGUUUUUUAUGGACUAAGGCAACAGUUUCAAGUGUGUACUCUUACAUUGCAUCAAAUGUUGGAUUGAGAGCAUGGUACAUUUGCAGUUUGGAUGAUUCUUACGUUACAUUUCCCGUUGAAUAUAUGUGUGUUUUUGGGUUUUAA